AUGCCUGGAGAAACUUCAUUAUACAUUAAAGCUCGUUCGAAGAGUUUAAAAAACACUGAAUUUGGAGUCACUAAAAAGACUACCUUAGAUGAUGUCUUGAACCAUAUUUCUGUGGUAAAUAAGAUGAUUAAUAAAAAUAGACUAAGAUUGACUUAUUUAAAAGAAAAUAAGCAAGUGCCAAUCACUUCUGGAAAAUUCUUUGAAGAAGAAUUGCAUAAGGGAGUCUCUGAAUUAUAUGUCAAAGACUUAGGUCCACAAAUUUCUUGGAGAUUAGUCUUCAUGAUUGAAUAUAUUGGUCCAAUAAUUAUCCAUGCAAUUUUAUACAACCUAUCAAGAAAGGCGUCAUUUAGAGAAAGAUUUGCAAAGGACUCCAAGAUUUAUAGCCCUACUUGGAAUGCCUUAAUUUUUAUCCUAAAUGCAAUUCAUUAUACAAAACGUGAAUUAGAAUCAAUGUUCUUACAUAAAUUUUCUCAGCCAACAAUGCCAUUAUUUAAUGUCUUCAAGAAUUCAUUCCACUAUUGGUUUUUGAACGGUAUUAUCGGUCUAUCUUACUUUGGUUAUGGGUUUAUAUUGAAUGAUGAUCUGAUUUUUAAAUGGUAUGCCAAGUUUUUUGUUACUGACUUGAGUUUCUUAUUAACUUUCUUUGUUCUUUCAGAAUUAUUGAACUUGUUAAUUCAUAUUAAAUUACGUAAAUGGGGUGAUCUUCAAAAAUCGAUGGGUAAUUCCUCAAAACGUGUCGCUUUAAAUGACGGUUUCUUUAAAAUCUUUGUUGCUCCAAAUUAUACAUUCGAGGUUUGGUCCUGGAUUUGGUUCACUUUGAUUGCUAAAUUGAAUAUAUUUGCUGUUUUAUUUUUAUUAGUUUCUGCCACACAGAUGUACUUGUGGGCUCAAAAGAAAAAUAAGAAAUAUGGCACUAAGAGAGCAUUCUUAAUCCCAUAUAUCUUUUAA